UAGCCGCCUUUGAGUCUGGGCGGGAAAUCGCAGAGCCCCAAAUCAGUAGUAACUGAACUAAACCUCAAUCCCAAAUCGACUUUGCUGCAUUUCCUUCAGAGCUGCGAAUUGGAAGAAGGAAAUGCCUCCAAAGAAGAAAUCCAAGUCGUCUUCUUCUUCAACCUCAUCAGCGAAGAAAAACCAGCAAAACUCACAGCAGCAGCAGCAGCAGCAACAACAACCUUCCAAGUUUGGAAUCCAACAUUUCUUCAAUCUCCACACACAAAACGCACUUUCCCUCUCUCAAAAUCCCCAACCUCCACCCACUCCUCCAAUUCCCCAAACCCUCUCUCAAAACCCUAUAAUUUCCCCUAAUUCUCUAAACCCUAAAUUUGCGCCACCCUCCGAUUCUCACCACCUCGAUGCCGACGAUAACGUGAUGGAUGUCUCACCUGAAAUCACCAAGUCGGUGUCUCUCCAACGCUUCAAGUUCUCUCCUGGAAUGUUGAUAAAGCAGAGCCAGGAUGAUGGUGGCGAUGAGGUCACAUGGAAGAUAUCUCCGGUUAGUGAAAGACUCCAAGCUGUCUCCAAGCAAAUGCCCCAACUCAUUCAACUCUUAGCUGAAACUUCAAAGCUUAAUUCUUUCAGCAUUCGUCCUUGUUCCUCUUUAAAUGACGAGAUUUCAUCUGGUACUGCUGGCAAGGUUGAUAAGCAGGUUCCUUCACCUCCAUGGAAGGGUGCUGACAGAUCUUUGGUGCCUGCUAGUAGAGUUGGAUUGAAAAGAAUAAACCCACGUCAGGAUGUAAAUUUGACUGAUGUUAAUUGCUCGCUUGCUGGUCGACAAAGUCCUUUCAGAACUCCGCCGUCCCUUUCAUAUUGUCACGAAAAGCUUUCUAAUGUUGCUGAAUGCAAUGGAGCAUCAGAUCAACUGGAUCAAAGGCAACACAAAAAGGCAUUGCUUGAGCUUUUGGAUCAAGUAGAAGAUGCAAUUUCUGUUGAAGAUUCAGAACCUAGUACUGUCAAUUCAUCUAAAACUCAAGAUGGAAAUGGUUAUGACAUGCCCUGCAAUGCUGGAUCUCUAGUAAAUGAAGCAGCAAUAGAUCCACCAGAAAGUGUUGCUGUGCCAUUGUCAAAUUAUAAUUUUCUUGUAUUGGAGGUAUCUGAGAAGCACAGGCCCGCGGAUUCAUCUGGUGCUCAAUGCCCUUAUAAGGUUCUUCGAUUGUUGAAUGAGCAAAGUGGAGAAGAGCGAACUGUCUAUUUGUGGGAAGAGUGGUUCUAUAGUGUCAUUGCACCUGGAGAUACUGUAAAUGUGAUUGGUGAAUUUGAUGACCAAGGAAAGUGUGACGUGGAUCGUGACAAUAAUCUCUUAAUUGUUCAUCCUGACAUUCUAGUCUCUGGAACUUGGGUUGCUGCUAGUUUCAGUUGUCCACGUCGAACUGUUUUAGAUGAGAGACUAAAAUGCAGUGAGCAUUCAACUGCUGCAUUAAUUGGUACCUUGCUGCACCAAAUUUUUCAGGCAGGACUCAUGCAAGAUAAUCCUACCAUAAACUUUUUGGAGGAAUAUGCUAGAAUAGUACUCCAGAAAAAUAUUGAAAGCCUGCAUGCAUGUGGAGUAAUUGAAAAUGAUAUCUUCAAUACUUUGGUUGAGGCAAUUCCUAAACUAAUAAAUUGGAUCAACCUGUUCAAAGAUUCACAGGAUUCAAAAGCCCCCAUUAUUGAUUUUGGUCCUGACAAUGGAUUGAAAAAGCUAAGUAUAUCUGAGGUGAUUGAUAUCGAGGAGAUGGCAUGGGCCCCAAAAUAUGGGUUGAAAGGAAUGAUUGAUGCUUCUGUCCGCGUUAAAGUAGAGUCAGGCAGAAAUAAAGCAGAUGAGAAGAUUGUGCCUCUAGAGUUUAAAACUGGGAAAGUUUCCAAUGGGCAGUCAUCCAUGGAACAUGUAGCCCAAGUGAUUUUGUACACUCUUCUCAUGUCUGAGAGGUAUCUGAAACAUAUUGAUUCUGGUCUUCUGUAUUACCUCCAAUCAGAUCAGACACGGGGAAUCACGGUUCAAAGGUCUGAUGUGGUUGGGCUAAUCAUGCGUCGAAAUGGGCUUGCAAAUGACAUCCUUAAGGCAUCAAGAACUCAGCAAUUGCCUCCAAUGCUACAGAGCCUAAAUAUGUGCAGAAGUUGCCGCCAUCUUGAUGUCUGUACAAUCUAUCAUAAGGUGCAUGGUGGAAGCAAAGAGAGUAGUGGACUAGGUGAUCUGUUUGAUUCACGUGUUCAUCAUCUGACAACUGCUCAUUACAGUUUCCUUCAACGCUGGGAUCAGUUGAUUGACUUAGAGGCUAAAGAGACACAGCUUGUAAAAAACAGAAUAUGGCGUCCACAUAGUUUGAAGAGUGAUCAUUCCACUAGUUGCCUUUCUUCUGUUGUUCUUGAUACUUCAGAUCGAGUUCCAUAUCAGAAAUCUCUCAAAGACAACCGAUUCAUUUAUCGUUUUGUCCAUAAAAAAAUGCCUCUUCAUGACGUGCAUGCUUCUGGGGGAGAAUCUUUGAGUUUUCCUUCUUCUUCAGCAGAAGAUUUCGAUUAUACACUUAAAAGUGGAGACUAUGUGAUUAUUAGUACCAAAUUUGGCCAUCAAACUGUAGCAAGUGGGUUCAUAACAGAUAUCAGUCGGUCCCAUGUUUCUGUUUCUUUUCCUAAGCACUUAAGACUCCCUGGCAGCAAUUCUUCGUCAGAAGCACAUGAUCUCUUUAGGGAGGUCUGGCAGAUUGACAAGGACGAGUUUAUGACUUCAUUUUCAGUUAUGCGGUUCAACCUUGUACAACUGUUUCUCCAAAGUGAACAAAGUUCUCACCUUAGGAAGAUGAUUGUUGAUCUUGAGGCUCCUCGAUUUGACAGUGGAUGUAUAUUUAGUCAAGAUCCAGCCCUAUCUUAUAUAUGGUCAGUGAAGAAUUUAAAUGGAGAUCAGCGUCGGGCAAUUCUGAAGACUCUUACAGCUAAGGAUUAUGCUCUGAUACUAGGGAUGCCUGGAACUGGAAAGACAUCGACCUUGGUACAUGCUGUCAAGGCCAUGUUGAUGAGAGGUGCAUCCAUUUUGCUCACGUCCUACACAAACUCUGCAAUUGAUAAUUUACUAAUCAAAUUAAAAGCUCAGGGUAUUGAUUUUCUACGAAUUGGAAGACAUGAAGUUGUCCAUGAGGAAGUCCGUGCCAAUUGCGUUUUUGCAAUGGAUGUACACAGUGUAGAAGACAUUAAAUUAAGAUUAGAGCAAGUCAAGGUUGUUGCAGUAACCUGCUUGGGGAUUUCUAGUCCCUUGCUUGCCAAAAAGAAAUUUGAUGUAUGCAUUAUGGAUGAAGCUGGACAAAUUACCCUCCCAAUAGCUUUGGGACCCUUGAUGUUUGCUUCAAAGUUUGUUCUUGUUGGUGAUCACUAUCAACUGCCUCCACUUGUCCAGAGUACAGAGGCUCGCGAGAAUGGAAUGGGGAUAAGUUUGUUUUGUAGGCUUUCUGAGGCACAUCCUCAAGCAAUUUCAGCUUUGCAAAGCCAGUACCGCAUGUGUCAAGACAUUAUGGAACUAUCAAAUGCCUUGAUAUAUGGUGACAGACUGCGUUGUGGUUCUUCUGAGAUAGCAAAUGCCAGGCUUAAAUUUUCAGGUUUACAGUCCUGUUCAUCAUGGCUAAAGGAGGUAUUAAAUCCUGGCAGACCCGUCAUAUUUAUUAACACAGAUAUGCUGCCAGCUUACGAGGCAAAGGACUCCAAAACUGUGAAUAACCCAAUAGAAGCUUACAUAGUUGCAGAGGUCACAAAGGAAUUACUUAAUAAUGGGAUUGUAGGUGAUGAUAUUGGCAUUAUUACCCCUUAUAAUUCCCAGGCAAAUCUCAUCCGAGCUUCUGUUAACGUAAGCUCUGUGGAGAUUCAUACCAUUGAUAAAUACCAGGGAAGAGACAAGGAAUGCAUACUGGUAUCCUUUGCUAGGUCCAGUGAAAAUCCAAGAAAUGGUACUUCUUCGUUGCUUGGAGAUUGGCAUAGGAUUAAUGUGGCACUCACACGAGCCAAGAAAAAGUUGAUCUUAGUAGGGUCGUGCAAAACCCUGUCAAAGGUCCCGCUGCUGAAGCUUCUUGUUGAGAAGGUUGAAGAGCAAUCAGGCAUUGUCAACGUGUCCAAGACAGAUAUCAACUACGAAGAGCACAAAGGAGAGCUGAAAAGAUGUUCUCAAAUCAGAUGAUUACUGCUUUCAGUUCACCAAAAAGGAAAAAGAAAAGAAAAACGGGUGACGGCAUGAAUUGGCUUCUUCUCAUUACGCCAAAGAUUUGGCGUUUGGGGCGGUAAAGAUUGUGUAGGUAAUGAGAUCACUGACUUUUUGUAGCAUUAGGAAAUAUGCGACUAGAAGAAAGAAAAAUGUGAAGAUCGCAUCCUCACGGCGGACAAAGUUACUUUAAGAAUUAUCAUCCAAAUGCUCUUACCAAGGUUUGUGCAGUUUAUACCAGUUAAAAUUUGUAAUUUGGACUUUGAGAACAACUUGUUAACUGAGCUCUUAGAUAUUAAGGUUUAAGCAAUAAUUUAUUUAUUUUUUACAUCUGAA